GAACUAGCACAGGAAACCCUCAACAGGUAUGCAGUCUGCAGCUAACAGACACCAAAGGAGAAUUAAGCAACUAAUUAGUAGCUAUAUUGUGGAAAAUCUAGGUAUGCAAGGUUGUUCUUCCCUUUUCAUUUCUUGAUCCAAAGCUGUCAGGUGGUAAUAAUAAUGGCUCCUAUUCUGAGACAGUUCACUCCUUUGUUUUUAUAAGCCAAAGAGGCUGCAACUUUUCUCCCACACCCCAAAAUUUUUAUGGUGCCAGUCUUUUCAUCUUCUCUCAACAGCUACACUCAGCAGGACUGGGCUAAUUAUUUUCUUCCCACUGUCUGUACAAAUCUCUUCUUUUUUUAUUGUCAGCAUGCUGAUGGUCCAGAUCAGAGAUUUAACUUUGUAAUGGGCUCCGAAAACCCUCUCACAGGCAUGUCUCACAGCUUGGAAAACGUCGGCAAAAUUCAUACCCCCAAAGGUGGUCUAGAGGCCUGAUCUUAAAUAAAGUAAAGUAAAAUGGACAGUAAAUAAGGAACUGAGGUAGCUCUGAAUAUUGGAGUCACUGGAAGGGCUUCUUGUUCUGAUAUCAGUGCAGGAAGCAGGGAAUCCAAGUUAGAUUCCACUUUCUGCAAGGAUUUGGAGACUGAAUUUCUACUUCCUUCAAGCUCAGCCCUCUUUCAUUCCUUGCACUUGAGUUCUUGUUAGCAUAAUAAAAUUGUAGCCAAUGUCUCUCUCAAUACACAAAGCUUUUGUGUACUUAAUUAGACCAUGAUACUGAUACCAAGAACUAUGUAGUUCUGUGUACACCUACAUACUGCAACCAACACACUAACCCAGUUUGGAAAGCUCUGAGCUAGGCUUUAGAAGAGAACACGCCCAACUUCCGGGUUAGCGCCAUCGCCGAAUGGCGGACUCCCUCCGAGCUCCGGAGGGAGUCUGCUCGGCAGGGGCUGGGUCCUACCGCGCCGGCGACGCGGGGACCCUUAAAAACCACGGGCACGGAGUCCGUGGACAUGGGUGACUCGGCUUGCAUCAUUAGCGCCCUCCCGACUCGUGAAGGAGCCUUUUUAAAGGCUUCGGAUCGGGUGCCGGGGAGUGGCGUGGUGCUGAGUCCACUGCUUUCCCUGCCGAGCGCAGCCGCAUGCCAUUCGGCGGAGAGCGCUGACUUCUUCUAUUGAAAAUUUGGACUAUUAACAACAACCCGUGAGUAAUUGGGAAACCGGGUUUAAAAUUUUGGAUUUGGCACGAGCGGGGGCGAUUUAAAAAGGAAGUCAAUCCCCCUAUUGUAAGCAUUCCAAAACAAGGACUGGGUAACCAAGGUCCAAAGGGAAGUAUGUCUCUGAUAAAAAUCAUUAAUUUCACGAUGGGAAAUUAUAAGAAAUGUGCUGGAGGAGAAGAGUGGAGGGUGAGAAGAAAACUGCAACCCCCCCCCCUGGGAACCGGGGCGAUUCGUGGAGCCUGGUGAAGAGAGACGGAGACUUUGACAGCUGUCAAAGUGGCUGUCAAAGCUGGAGAAUAUAAAGAGGACUUUACGAGGACCUUGCUGGUUAAUUUUGUUACAAUUUGCUAUAAUAUGGAUAUAAACUGUUGGAAAAUAAGCAACAAUUUGACUUUUGGAUUAGAGGAUACAAAGUUAUUAUAAUCCCCCUAGAGGGGUUUCGGGAUACUACAAGAACGGUCGUAAGUGGAAAAAUACCCUGGGAUUCGCACAGGAUUUGUUAUCUUCUGGGAAAGCUGCAAAACUGAAAGAGUAUUUUGUCUACAGAGGAAGACAAUGGAAUUUUUAUUGAAGAAAGAAAGGGACUGGACGUAAGUUUUUGUUCCUGAAUAACAAACCUCUGCAGAGACACUAGAUUUCUGAAUUAGAAAGUUUUAGCAGCUGAACAGGACAAGAAACCGGAGAAAGUGAGGAAUAAGAAGAAUAAAGGACUGUUUACGACACGGAAAGAACAACGGGAGGAGUGGUAAAGAUCAAGGAAAUUAAAGGCCUUUGUUAGAUUGGACAUUUGAAGUCAAAUAUUAUUUAAAUUAAUAAACUAAAAGAAAACCGGCAAGAUGGAAUCGGGAGAAAUCUGGUCAUGAAAUGAGACUUCCAAGCUGAUAAUGUAUAGACUGAUGGACAUGGGAAUUCAAACCGGGGAAGGGGGAGAUUUGAAAUCCAAAGGCUGUGUAACCAUUUUUGAAUUUUCUAUAUCUCUUAUUUUCUAUUUCUUUACAUAACUUACGCAUGUUAUUUUACUUUGAUCGGACGUGUUUAAAAAAAGGAAUUUGUGGAAGGAACUGGGGUGGAUCUUGGGAAAACCUUUUUCUUUUUCUGUUAAUGAUGUGGGCCGGUGGUAAGAUUUGUACAAUUCAAUCGGGAUCGUGGGUCAAACAAAUUAAGCUUUAACUGGGCCGUGAGAGCUUGUAGCACCAAAUUAAGGAACGGGCAACACACUUGGGGGGGGGAGUCCCAGAAAGUAGGGAAUGAAAGUAAGGUUUUUAAAUAUCUUUUUUCUUUUGUCUUUUUUCUUUGUAUUUUUAUAUUUUUGGAAACUUUAAUAAAUAUGAUUUUAAAAAAAAAAUAGAAGAGAACACGCCCAAGAGGGCAGUGGGCUUUGCUCUGCAGCAAAAGCAGCCCUACUUUUCAGCUACAGACUCAACGCCAGUUAGCUAGUGUUAAUGGCCUAGCAAUCUUCUGUGCACAUCUCCUUUAAAGAGUUGGCCAUAGUAAGAGGACUACUUUUUGAAACCAAAUACAGUGGUACCUCGGGUUAAGUACUUAAUUCAUUCUGGAGGUCUGGUCUUAACCUGAAACUGUUCUUAACCUGAAGCACCACUUUAGCUAAUGGGGCCUCCUGCUGCCACCGCACCGCCGAAGCACGAUUUCUGUUCUCAUCCUGAAGCAAAGUUCUUAACCUGAGGUACUAUUUCUGGGUUAGCAGAGUCUUUAACCUGAAGCGUAUGUAACCUGAAGCGUAUGUAACCCGAGGUACUACUGUCCAAAUACAUCAGUAACACCAGUUUUGAACAGAUUGCCUGAGGUAUCUCUGAUUCACAGUAGAAAGGAAAAUACUCCAAUACCAAGUCACAAAAAGCAAAACUUGGGGGUUUUUGUGAGUGUUUGAAAUAUUUAUUUUUGUGCACUUUUUGUCCAACAGCCUAUCUCUUAAGGGUGGGAAAUUAUUUCCGAAGAAGCAUCUUUUGAUUGGUUAAGUUUCAAAUGAAAACAAUCCAUGAGGAGAAGCAGUUUUGGGAGCAUCAGGAAGAUUAAAGCAGAAGGCUAAGAAAUAUCUAAGUCCUAAUGCUUUGCGCUAAUGGGAUCAUUAAUGUUACCACUUUGGUUUACUACCUUAAAAUGAUUUUAUCUCUAUGAGAUGUGACACUGCUGUCAGGCGUACAGCAGCUUCCUGUAAUUGGAUACAUAUGAAAGCAUCAAGAGCAGAACUAAUCCAGCUCAUGGUUCUGCUCUGGCAAAAAAGAAAAAUAAUCCUUUUGAUAUCUGAUUUUUUAAAAUGGCCUUGGGCCAUUUUGGAGGGAAUAAACAAAUGCAGAAAAGAGCUGAAAUGAUAAACAUUUAUUUGUUGUUGUAAUUCUUUUUCAUUUUUACCACCACUAAGGGCAUACCCUCAGUCUCAGAAAAGCACAGAUUAGUUGCCCAGUAACAUACUUCUUAUACUAAAGAGUUGUCCUCAGAAUCAGAGCAAUUGUUUUUUCUCAAUACAAAUGUGAGGGUUGCUGAGCCUCCUCUACCUUUCUUGGCCUGUGUAAGCUAAGCAUAGAACCAUAGAACUGUAGAGUUGGAAGGGACCUUGAGGGUCAUCAUCCAACCUCUGCUUAAAAACCCCCAAUGAAUGAGAGUCCAUCACCUUCCAAUGGAGUCCCAUUCCACUGUGAAAUAGCUUUUACCACCAGAAAGUACUGACCGAUAUUUAGUCAGAAUCUCCUUUCUUGUACCUUGAAGCCAUUGAUUCAGGUCCUCCCCUCCCCAGCAGGAUAAAAAAAAAGCUUGCUCCAUCUUCUAUGUGACAGCCCUUCAGAUAUUUGAAGAUGUCUAUCAUGUCGCCUCUUUUCCAGGCUAAACUUACCCAACUCCCUCAACUGUUCCUCAUAUGGCUUGGUUUCCAGACCCUUGAGCAUGGGUAGGCAAACUAAGGCUGGGGACCUGAUCCGGCCCAAUCGCCUUCUACGGACGUUCCGGGAAUCAGCGCGUUUUUACAUGAGUAGAAUGUGUCCUUUUAUUUAAAAUGCAUCUCUGGGUUAUUUGUGGGGCAUAGGAAUUCAUUCAUUUCCCCCCCCCCAAAAAAAAUAUAUAGUCUGGCCCCCAUCAAGGUCUGAGGGACAGUGGACCGGCCCCCUGCUGAAAAAGUUUGCUGACCCCCGCCCUUGAGCAUCUUCGUUGCCCUCUUCUGUACAUGUUCCAGCUUGUCAAUCUCCUUUUUAAAUUGGGGUGCCCAGAAUUGGGCACAGGACUCAACGUGAGUUUUGACCAAGGCAGAAUAAAGGUAAAGGGACCCCUGACCAUUAGGUCCAGUCACAGACGACUCUGGGGUUGCGGCGCUCAUCUCGCUUUACUGGCCGAGGGACCCGUACAGCUUCCGGGUCAUGUGGCCAGCAUGACAAAGCUGCUUCUGGUGAACCAGAGCAGCUCACGGAAAUGCCGUUUACCUUCCUGCUGGAGCGGUACCUAUUUAUCUACUUGAACUUGAUGUGCUUUUGAACUGCUAGGUGGACAGGAGCAGGGACUGAGCAACAGGAGCUCACCCCAUUGCGGGGAUUUGAACCGCCAACCUUCUGAUUGGCAAGCCCUAGGUUCUGUGGUUUAACCCACAGCGCCACCCACAGAAUAGAGCAGCAUUAUUCCUUCCCUUGAUCUGGCCACUAUACAUCUGUUGAUGCAGCCUAGAAUAGCAUUAGCUCUUUUUCUCUCUCUCUUUUUUCUUUUUGCUACUACAUCCCACUGUUGACUCAUGUGAAGCUUGUGAUCCACCCAGACCCCUAGAUGCUUUUUCAAUAUGCUACAGGCAAGCCAGGUGUCUCUUGUCUUAUAUUGUGCUGCUGGUUCUUCCUGCCUAAGUGUAGAACCUUACAUUUGUCCCUAUUGAAAUCCAUUUUGUUACUUUGGGCCCAGUUCUCCAAUCUGGAAUCCCGGUUCUGUCUUCUGCGGCAUUGGCUACCCCUCCCAGUUUGGUGUCAUCUGCAAAUUAGAUGAGCACCCCCUCGAUUCUUUCAAAUGCUCAGGAAAUGGUGGGAAACAGUGGGCAAAUAUGCUAUAGAUCAGGGGUGGCUUCCAGACGUUGUUGGGCUCCAACUCUCACCAUCCUUGAUUAAUGGCCACUCUGACAGAGAUUGACCUUGAGGGCCACAGAUUAGCCACCCCUGCUGUAGAUCUGUGGCCUGAGUCCAUCCACCUGUGACUAAUCCCUUACUCUCCAGUGAUGUUACAACUCCCUGCUGCCCGGGAAGGGUGUUAGUUCCCCUAGAGCAGGAAGGAAUAAGUUUAAUGUGCAGCAUAUGUUGUAGUCUGGUGGCAGGGGGGAAAUCAACAGUCCCCUUUACAAAACAAAAUCAGUGACUCUAAUGAGCUUGGGAUGAGGCUGAUCUCUCUCUGCAUGUUUCUGUUUGCCUUGCUUUCUCUAAGAGGGAUUACAGGAUCACAUCUGACCAUGCAAUGUAUAAACUGCAAUUUUCAAAAAAGAGGAAUUCAUGGAAAUUAAUUUCUCAUCUGAGGAUGCUGAGUGUAGAGAAUAGCAAUUGCAGAGUACUGAUUGCAAACAUUAUCUCUUCUGUCUUGAUUUUCCUUGUUCUCCCCCCACAGCCUUCAAUCAACAUGACUGAAUAGAAACCUCAGUGUUCAGUAUCACAAGACAUGAACUGGCACUUAGUCAACAAUGCCUUGUGUUCUGUCAGCAGGCUUCAUGCCUGGUUCUCAUAUUACCUUCUCUUUCUGCAUCAAUAUGUAUGAUGAUUAGCAGUAAAAUAACAAAGUGCUUCCUUCUCAUCAUGAUUCUCUCUCCUCUUUUUGAACCCCUGGUGUGGAUUUACAUUUUUGUUGUGUGGGUAAUUUUGUCACCUGAGCUUAGUUUUGUAAACGGAGCACAUUUUAAAUGCACAAAAUGCUAAGAAUCUGGUCGUUUCUUAGCAUGGCAAGAUCUAUAAGGCAAGGUCAGCUUACCAUCUCCUGUGGCAGGUUUUAGAUACCAUUAAGAGCAAAAGGGACAAAGGAAUCUGGUGCACUGUUUGCUGUUGUGCAGCUCAUUUCAAAUUGGCUUCCCCAGGAGAGCUUCAUGAUAGCUUGUGCGCCAUGUUAAUUAGUGAGAGGAAGAUGCAAUGCAGAUGGGUUGAUUGAUUUUGCCUUGCAUUGUUUUUAGUUGAUAAUGCCAAAAGACAGACUGGCCAGGCAGACCACUGAUAUCAAUAGGAAUCCCCCCCCCCUUGAGGUUUAGAGGGGUGGUUUUCAUCAGAACAACGGCAUGGGAGGAUUGUAUUCUGCUGAAGUCCUGAUUCUGGAUAGGUUAUCAAUUAGCUCUGGCAGCUGUCUGGAAUUUGAAAAAGAUACGUGUGAUGAUAAAUCACGUGUUUAAUGGCACAUAUCAUUUGGCCCUUGAAUAGCUGGAAGUGGGAUUAAACUGAAGUAUUUUUGUUGCUAGGUUGGGCCCUGGCAGUGAGAAUAAAAGGUAAAGGGACCCCUGACUGUUAGGUCCAGUCGUGGCCGACUCUGGCGUUGCGGCACUCAUCUCAUUUUAUCGGCCAAGGGAGCCGGCGUACAGCUUCCGGGUCAUGUGGCCAGCAUGACUAAGCCGCUUCUGGCGAAACCAGAGCAGCACCUGGAAACGCAGUUUACCUUCCCGUCGGAGCAGUACCUAUGUAUCUACUUGCACUGCAUGCUUUCAAACUGCUAGGUUGGCAGGAGCAGGGACCGAGCAACGGGAGCUCACACUGUUGCGGGGAUUCGAACUGCCAACUUUCCGAUCGGCAAGCCCUAGGCUCUGUGGUUUAACCCACGUCCCAGUGAGAAUAUAUUAUCCUUAAAUGGAUUAUAGAGUAUCUGUGCAAUUAGUUUUGGAUUUUGCGUGAUCCCAAAGAGAACCAAGGAAUUACAAGCCAGUUACACUAACAUCUACUUGGUGGUAAAGCAAUAUUAAAAGUUUAUUAAGAAUGAGGUCUUUCACCAGAGGUUGGGUGGCAUCUGUCUUGAAUCCUUUAGUUGAGAUUCCUGCAUUGCAGGGGCUGGACUAGAUGACCCUCAGGGUCCCUUCCAACUCGACCAUUCUAUGAUUCUAUAAUUCUAAGCCUUGCUCUGCCUCGCCAGACUUUUGGAAUUGACUGUGUCAACAAGUGGAGAUAGGGGUGAAUCACUGUGUAUUAUAUACUGGGGCUUCUGAAAGGUUUGGGGCAAGGGCUGUCACCAAGGUCUCCUGAGUAAGUGUCUAGGAUAAAAGGACAAGCCCUCUCAUGAAUUAGUACUGGUUAAACAACAAGGAGCAGAAAGUAAGAUUAAGAGGACUUUUUUCUCAAGUGAGGAGGAAUAUGCAUAGCUGUUCAUUAAAAACAACCACAACCACAGUAAAACCCGCUGUAGGAUUUGGUCGUGAUGCCUAUGAAUAAAUUUUCCUUGUGCUGAUGACCCAUUUCUGUCAGUAAUAAAUUUGUCGGAAAGAAUAUAAGCAAAAGGUUAGCUUUGCCUGUGUGAAGGGGACUGACAAUGACCUCCCUGCUGCUGGUGAUGUGAGAUUUAAAGUAGCAUUAUAUAUAAUGGUUUAUAUAAUCAUGCUGACCCUCUGUAGAGUGGUGAAACGCAAUUAUCAAAAUAAAAGCAUUAAACUAUUAUCAUUUUUCAUAAGAAUGCAGAAUUGGAUUUCCACUACAAGGUUAGAUUGCUUCGUUUUAAAAGGUUAUACUAAUUCAUGAAAGAUAAAUCUGUCAAAAGCUACAAUUCCUUCUAAUAGUGAAUCUGACUGAUAAGAGUGCCAGUUUGGCACCAAAAAAUGGACACCCCAAAAAGACAGUUAGAUGUUCCUCCAUACUCAAGGAACUCCCUAGAUGUUUAGAAGUAUGCAACUUUGUAAAGUAAAAGAACAUAAUGUCUGAAAACCAGAAGAACCUUUGAGUUUCCAGGAGUUUAUGAAAUGUUGAGGUGUUAGCUGAGAAAAAGAACCCUGGGGUGCGUGGCAGAAACGAGAAUGAGCUUGCUCAGACCCCCUGCUUUUGGAAACUUUGAUAUCUCUGUGGUAGUUUUUGUUAUGCGAGUGGUGCCACCGUACCCUCCAACAUGUCCCAGUGCAAAACCAGGCCACGUGUCUUCUGGAGCGCGCUCCUGUGUGAGUCAUGUGACCCACGCAAGCACAUGGCAUCCAAAAACACAUGUUUUGGGAUGCUGCGAUCUCAUUUGGUAGGAUCCAUUCCUUUAAGGAUCCUUAAGCCAUUUUAGGCUUUACAAGUAGCCAUCUCCUCAAAUGUUGCUCAGAAAUGAACCAGGAGUCAGUGCAGCUGGUACAGCAAUGGUGUAAUACACUCCAAGCAACAGCCUCAUUGGUGCAUUCUGUAAUUGCUGUACCAGCCUAGCAGUUUGCUUUAUAGCUCAGCUACCAUAUGGUUGCUUGUUUUAUUCCAAAAUGUCUACAAACAAGCAUAUCUGCACAAUUCUUUCCCCCUCAUUGCCUCCCCUUCACCUUGAAAUUCCAGUUGCACCUAUAAUAACCGCUCAAUCAAACUUCAACGUAGUGUGAGAAAGCCUGAUUGAAAUGUUGCAAGCAGGAUCCAGCACAAUUUCAUAAAUUAUUAGAACAGCAAAUGAAAGUGUUGGUACAGUCUACUAAUCUAUUACUGUGUGGUAAAUCUGGACUGCGGCAUUUGUGAAAGGUAUGUCAAUGACUCCUAAGUAAGGAAUGCCCUAUUUGUGUACAGUUUUUAAGGAAGUUUUUAAGGAAGUUUAAGGAAGGGGUGGAGUGUUUCAUGCUGUCUUCAAAGUUACAGCUGUUCUUUUCAGAGACCUGCUGUAAGAAUUGACUGAUGUAUCACUCAGAGCAGGACCUGCCUGCAGCUGUGCAAGUAUGGCAGGGACCACGACCCUGGGUGGACAGGCAGCAUUGGAAACAUCUGCUGCCCCAGCUAGGCUGCACCAGUUGCUGGGGCAGCUCUGUAAAGACCCCCUCCUCUGGGGUCGGGGCCACCCCUGGCAGGACCAAGGGAGCUGUCCAAUUGGGGGCGGCACUUUGGGGUGGAGCAAGGGCAUGGGCCAGCCCCCAUCGCGCGGGACAAGUGGAAGUGUGAACGAGCCUUUAGUCCACUAGUUUGUGCAAGCAAUUACAAUACAGUUGCUAGCAGUUAUUUUCAAUUCAUUCAGUUCUUUGGAUGCAAUGCACUUUGUGGCAUUAGAUCAAUCAAUGUGUUGUAUCCCGAAUACUAGUUGAAUUUAAUUGCCUUUGGAAUCAAUUGGUGGUAUUCAACUAAUUUUUACACAGAGUAAAGGUAAAGGGACCCCUGACCAUUAGGUCCAGUUGUGACCAACUCUGGGGUUGCAGCGCUCAUCUCGCUUUAUUGGCCGAGGGAGCCGGCGUACAGCUUCUGGAUCAUGUGGCCAGCAUGACUAAGCCGCUUCUGGCGAACCAGAGCAACGCAUGGAAACGCCGUUUACCUUCCCGCCGGAGCGGUACCUAUUUAUCUACUUACACUUUGACGUGCUUUUGAACUGCUAGGUUGGCAGGAGCAGGGACCAAGCAACAGGAGCUCACCCCGUCGCGGGGAUUCGAACUGCUGUCCUUCUGAUCGGCAAGCCCAAGGCUCUGUGGUUUAAUCCACAGCGCCACCCGCUUCCCUUUUACACAGAGUAGACCCAUUUAAAUUAAUCAACAGGAAAGUUAGGUCCAUUCAUUUCAAUGGGUCUGCUCUGAGUAAAAAUUUGUUGAAUACCUUCCAAUGAGACAUUACAAACCUGCCCCAUUGAUUUCACUAGGACCUAAGUUCAACUAAUUUGGUCUAAAUCCAACUAAUUUAUUUUUUUUACUUCCAGUUGAAGUAAGUCAUGAUUUAAACCCAUAGAAACCCAUGAAACAGGUUAAGUCUCAGAUAACUUACCCAUUCAUUGAAAGCAAUCUGUUUUUAGCAGAGGUGGAUUUAGGGCAGUGCGACCAGUUCCCCUAUACUGGGCACUGAGCCUAGUGGGUGCCAUAGGCUGGUGCAAAUAUUGAGGCAGCAGAAGGCAAAAGGCAGAGGGGUGCCAAAUUUUGGGUUCGCACAGAGUGCCGCUGAAAUUUGAAAGACCCAAGUCUGCCCCUGGUUUUAGUCAUGAUUAACUUUAGCUUAAUUGGGCCACUGUGUUUAAGACUGAGCCACAGCAGGGCCAGCCUGAGACAUUUUGGCACCUGAGGCAAAUCACAAACUGGCACCCAGCCCUCUGGCCAGGGAACAAAUGUGAGUGAAGAUCCACAUCAGGAACAAGAGGGGAACAAACAUCUCCAUCGAGAACAAGGGUGAGAGGAGACCAGUAGGGCACUGCUGUGGUUGUUGCCAUUGCGGCAGCAGGCAAAGCCUUCCCUGGAGGCCGGAUCUGCUGUCCCUGUGGAUCCUGCCACCUGAAGUGGCCAUCUCACCUUGCCUCAUGGAUGGGCUGGCCCUAGCCCACAGUCAUUUCACUGCACAAAACAACACACACUCCUGGUUUCCUUGUGGGGCCCCUUUGCAAUUUUCCAUAUUCGAACACACACACACACAAAAUGCUUUUUAAAGUGUAUUAGGAGGCCAGAGAUAACUUCUCAACUCAUUUCAUAUUUUUAAAAAAUGUUCAUCUUUGAUGUUUUAUCAAUACUUUAGAAGAGAGUGUGAGGUAUGAAAAGCUUUCCCUUAUUAAAACCUUCCUUGCAUGCCCUUCCUCCUCAAAGUUUUGCUGUGGCUUGAGCAAAGCAGAGAGAAAGAGAGAAAUAAAAGCAUGUAAUUUGCAUGUAAUACUAAAGCUUACAGAGGAAAGUUCAGAGGGAGAAAUUAGCAAAUACAUUUAAAAUAAUACAUUCUGCCUGUUUCUUUGUUUGCCUCAAAUCACGUAAUUAUGCAGAUGACCAAUUGGAAAGGUUCUCUCCUAUGGUUAAAGUUGGCAGCCUUAUCUAGUGAUGGAAUUUUCCUGCAACAAGGUACAGCUAAAGUGUUUAGUGCUGGAGUUGCUUUAGGCUGAAUUUAGGGCCUCACAUAUGCAAAUUCUUUUUUUUCUCUCUCUCUCUCUCUCUCUCUAAUUUAUGCACACUGCUUCACCAUUGUACAGUAACCCUUUCUCCCAGGUUUUCACACACACACACCACAAUCCAAAAGGAAUUUAUUCUGUAAAUAACUUCCUGCUUUUGCCUUAAAAACAUAAAACAUAAUCAUUGUAUUAUUCUGACUAAAUAUCAAGCAUGAACAUUUUAAAAAUUGAAAUUGAUAUCUAUCUCCAUUCUGAGUCUCAUAGAUGGUUUCUCAGUAUGGGACCUCAAUAUAUCUAUGUGUACAUGCAAAUUACAAAAUAUGUAGAUACACAAUAAUAGUGUGACUAGUUAAAAAUCAUUGGGGGCGGGGGGAGAAACAUGGCUGCCUGUGCCUUUCAGAUGUGAAAUUUGGGAGGUACAGAGCAUUUUGUGACAUCAUGCUUGCUGUACAGGAACUCCUGGGCGCCAUUAGCCAAAGUGGUUUUAUUUGCAUUUGCUUGUUUUGAAGUUCUCCAGGGUAUCUGCAAAGCCGGCUGCCUAGUGGCAGAAAAAUCUGUGUCCCUCCGAUAGGUGACUGUGACUCCAUCAAUCAGCGCUGAGACGGGAAUAAACAAAGGUGUUUCACAGGGAUCCUGUGCCUAAUGAUCAGCAAUUAUAGGAAGUCAAAUUAAGGCGUCGUUUUGUGGGUCUUGUGAAAUUGAUUGAGCAAAAAGAAUGAGUGUGCCAUUUCCCCAAUUUAUCCUGCUGCUCAUUUUCAGUCAGAGCAUUAUCUCGGUUAACUGAUGCAAUUAAUAUGAAAAUGAGGAAAUCAUUGUUUAAAGAGAUGAGAGGGAAGAGAAGAGGCAUUAAUGCAGCAGCGGCAAAGAAUGAAAGGCGCCAGGAUGGAAAUUUGCAUAGGUCAAUGGUAAUGUGAUGCAUAUAGCACAUAUUCAAAGCUUUACUUGCAGAGUAAUACAUAUCCAUUAAAUUAUCAUUACACUGACCUAUGUCUGACACAAUUCAAUAUUUCUAACUUCUAAUGAUAAAAAAGUUAAUUAGGCUAAGGUGAAAACCUUUUCUGUGUGGACCAAAAGGAGAACAUCAAAAGGGCAUGCAGCCUCCCACUUCGAUAAGGCAAGGUAACUUCACUUCCUCUUAAUUCAACCUCUCAUUAAGCAUGGCAGGAUUUUGUAGCUUGCCUUCUGUGUGGAUUGUGAUUUAUAACACUGUCACUACUAAUAAAUACUCUUUUGACUGUGCAGUUACCGUUUAAUAUUCUAUUUAGAAAGUUUAAGGCCAAUUUGCAUUGCUAAUACAAUGGCUGGAUUUUUAGAAUAUUAUUUUUUAAUAACUAACAGUUUCCACCUAAACUGGUUUGUGAAGUGCUGCAGACAUCCACGUUCCACGGUCCAGAUGGCCCACUUUUCAUAGCUCGUGACUUUUAACUAGGUAUGCAGCCAGUCAUGCGGCUGCUGGUUCUUCUCAUACUCAGCUUUUGCUUUCCAAGGAGAUAAAAGUGCAUGUCACCCUCUCCCACUUAGUCUGCAUUCUAAGAUAAAGAUAGUGCUCUGAAAUACAUGUGUAGGAGAAGAGCACUGGGUCUAGGUCCCUGAGUCAUCCUUCGGAAAGCACAGAUGCACAAAUAUGUCACACUGGACUUCACAGAUCCAGAGCCCAGCUCGAUACUCUUACUCAGUCUGGCCGGUGUUGCUUUGGUUCAGGUUUCCAGCCUGCCUGUCAAUCAGUUCCACCCACUCACCUUAAAUUUGCACUUCUGCACAACCUGGGAUUCCCCCAAGCCUGCAAAGACCUUCCUCUUUGGGUGCAGAUCAACUGCAGCAGAGAAAAUCCACGUGUUUUCCUAAUCGUGUGCCAGUAACCUGAAAGCUGAUUUAUAUAAUUUUGCAAUUUUUUUCAUUAAAAUUUUCAAGCAUUUCCCCAAUAUUCUUCCUAUCAAAUAAUUACAUUGUUUCAUAAGUUGACUUCCCAUCCUCACCUCCACAGUGUUUUUAAUCAAACCUUUUCCACUGCAUGUCUUAAUCUCAGUGCUUUUUUUCUUAAAAAAAUACUUAGGGGUACUCUCAUUUUCCUACUCAGAUUGAAAUACUGUGCCUCAAUGAGGCCAAAUUAGAUUCACAAAAUGUUUAGGGGUAUGCGUACCCCUGUGUCCCCCCAGGAAAAAAGCACUGCUUAAUCUAUUACAAAAAGUAAUAGAUAGCACCUGUGAUUUCAGUAAUGUGCACUAGUAUACUGCUUGUACACAUUAAACCACAGUUUAUUUAAAUUAUUGUGGGCAUGGAGAAUCUCCCACUUGGCCCACAAGGUUUUUUCAGCAAAGCCAUGACCAUGUGCCCUGCAAGUGAUACGCUGUACAAGAUGGAGCUCAGGGGUUGCAGGCACUGCUGAUCAGCUGACUGAGGAAAUGACAACUUGAAGCAGCAUGUAAUAUGAAGUUCACUGCUACAAGAGGUGAGUUAAAAGUUCUUGGGCAGCCAGGCUACAUAGCUGUCAGAAAGAACAGCAUUCACAGCGGUAAGUGCAAAUAAAGAUAAUCCCACUAUAUGCUUCAGGAAACUGCUACUUGGUGCAGAGGCUGGAGAGAUGUCUUUUCAUCCUAUCAUCCACUUUCACGUUACUAUCUUGCUACCUUUGCUUUUCAGCUUGAACUACACAUCUGCACAAAGAAUGCAAAGAGUGCAGAAAACAAGAAGCAAAGCUUGCCAAAACCAGGAGCUGAGCCUUCUCAGCAGACUGCAUUCAGCUGUAGAACAAACGGGCAAGAAUGCCAAAAUCUGA